UAUUCAGGCUUGCUUAACUAGUGCAUGACGGCUUCAUCUCAGCUUCAGCUAAAGAGCAAACCGACAUCAGCUGAGUUUGCCUUGUAGCAAAGGAAUUUAUCAUCACGUAAAAUUCAAGAAUAGCAUUUUACAAAGUUACAUAUUAGCUGUUAAACUAAUGAAAUAGCUGCCAUCUAUCGUAACCACAGAAAGAAGGCAGAGGCAAAGGAGAAAUAACAAACCCGGCAAACAAAGAGGUCCUUUUUUCAACGACAACAUUUUUCCUCCAUAUUCAAUAGUUAUGAGUCAUGUGGCCGUCGAAAAUGUCCACGGUCUAGAGCAGCAGCUCGCUGUCCUAGACUUAAGUGCGGCAGACGGACAAGGUGGACUACCUAACCGGCGAUAUAUUCCUCCACAUUUACGGAACGACGCUUCCAAAAAUGCAGGAAAUGCCUUUGCUGCUGGUCGACCUGGUGGCUACACCAUAGCGCCCGCAGCCAACUAUGGUUGGGAUGGGGGGCGCAACAACUUUGUCAAUGGCUACCAUGACAACCGCAUGGCUGGCAACACGUUUAACCGUGGCCCGCCUCGUAUGGAGCGGGGCCGAGGUGGCGUCGGAGGAGGUUACCGUGGCAACAGGGGCGGAGCCUUCAACCCCAUCAACCCAGCACAGCCAAUGGCCUUCGGUGGCUAUGAAAAUAAAGACGCGGGCGGCUGGAACACUGCUAAAGACGCCUAUGGCAGUUUUGGCAACAGCCGAGGGAAAUCUGCGUUCUUCAAUGACAGAGGCAAUGCUAACAGAGGGCGGUUUGACCAUGGAGGAUUUGGUGGUGGUGGAGGAGGAGGAGGAAACAACCGUUGGGUGGAGGAGUCCAGGGAAGAGGGAGACUGGUCCAAACAAACGCCACGUAACGAACGCCUUGAACAUGAGUUGUUCGCGGCCAGUAACACCGGAAUUAACUUUGAGAAAUACGAUGACAUUCCUGUUGAGGCCACUGGACAGAACUGCCCUCACCACAUCGAAAGUUUCCAAGAUGUGGACAUGGGUGAGAUUGUCAUGGGUAACAUUGGUCUGAGUCGCUAUACCAGACCGACCCCUGUCCAGAAAUAUGCCAUUCCUAUUGUCAAGUCAAAGCGAGACCUCAUGGCCUGCGCACAGACAGGUUCUGGGAAGACUGCAGCGUUCCUGCUGCCGAUUCUCAGCCAGAUCUACACCGAUGGACCAGGAGAAGCUCUUAAUGCAGCUAAAGCAUCUGGACAGGAGAAUGGAAAGUACGGGCGUCGUAAGCACUUCCCCAUCUCACUGGUAUUGGCUCCAACCAGAGAACUGGCACUGCAGAUAUAUGAUGAAGCCAGGAAGUUUUCCUACCGCUCCAGAGUGCGUCCCUGUGUUGUGUAUGGAGGAGCAGACAUUGGCCAGCAGAUAAGAGAUCUGGAAAGAGGCUGCCACCUGCUGGUGGCCACACCUGGAAGACUGGUGGACAUGAUGGAGCGGGGCAAGAUUGGACUAGACUACUGCAACUACCUGGUCCUGGAUGAGGCAGAUCGUAUGUUGGACAUGGGAUUUGAACCACAGAUAAGGCGCAUCGUUGAACAGGACACCAUGCCGCACAAAGGCAUCCGACAAACCAUGAUGUUCAGCGCAACCUUUCCUAAAGAGAUCCAGAUCCUGGCCAGGGAUUUCCUGGAGGACUACAUCUUCCUGGCAGUGGGCAGAGUGGGUUCCACCUCAGAGAACAUCACUCAGAAGGUUGUGUGGGUGGAGGAGAGCGAUAAGCGGUCUUUCCUCCUGGACCUGCUCAGUGCUACAGUCAUCCCCAGCGAGGUACAGGACAAUACUGGAGACAACAUAGAGAAACCUGGUAAGGACUCGUUGACUCUGGUUUUUGUGGAGACCAAGAAAGGCGCGGACGCCUUGGAGGACUUCCUGUAUCGGGAGGGCUACGCCUGCACCAGUAUCCAUGGCGACCGCUCCCAGAGAGACCGAGAGGAAGCCCUGAGCCAGUUCAGAUCAGGAAAAUGCCCCAUUCUGGUGGCCACAGCGGUAGCAGCUCGGGGUCUGGACAUCUCCAACGUGAAACAUGUUAUUAACUUUGACCUGCCCAGCGACAUAGAGGAGUAUGUCCACCGUAUUGGACGUACAGGACGUGUCGGAAACCUGGGGCUUGCCACAUCAUUCUUUAAUGAUAAAAAUGGGAACAUAACUAAGGACCUGCUGGACAUUCUGGUAGAGGCCAAACAAGAAGUCCCCUCAUGGCUUGAGAGCCUGGCCUAUGAGCACCAGCAUAAGAGCAGCAACAGAGGACGCUCUAAGAGGUUCGCUGGUGGUUUUGGAGCGCGUGAUUAUCGCCAGACGGCUGCCGGAGGCACCGCUGGAGGGUUUGGAGGACGUGGAGGUCGCAACCAGGCAGGACACGGAGGAACCCGCGGGUUUGGAGGAGGUGGUUUUGGUAACUUCUACACCAGCGACGGCUACGGAGGGAACUACUCACACUCUCAAGUAGACUGGUGGGGCAACUAGGUUCCUCCUCUCCCCCUUUACUCAUCCCUCUUUCUUCUUCUCACAGAUUUCUCCUUCCCCACACUUGUCUGGACCUUAUCCAUCUCCUUCCCUUCAUUAACCCAAAGAACCCACGUGCAUGUUAUUAAACUAUUUAUACUCAUUUAUAUAGCCCUCCUUCCAUCCCUAUGCGCUCAGAUAUUUUAAUUCUUUUCCGUUACCUGUCCUUUCCAUCCCCACCUUUGUCUUUGAUGUCCCCCAUCUUUUCUUCUUUCUUCAUUUUUGUUAAAUCUCACCUCUUACAAUAGGCCACAGUAUAAAGGGAUUUCUUCAAUUUCAGUUGGUGUAAAAUAGUAGUUUACACUAGCUAGCUACCAGCUAGCACCAUCCUUGAGUUUCAGUAAGGACAUUUUGAACUGUUUUCCCUCUGUGGCAAGUGCUUGGAGAAAAAAUAACCAAUUGAAUUAAAGUUCUAGGUGUUUUUUUUUUUAACCCCCCUAAUAUUAGAUGGACAUUUAAGAUUUACAGUGAGUUAGUUCUACAAAACACCUGUAGAAGACCUGGGGGGGAAAUCCAGUUUUUUUUUCACUUGAGUUUUGGCUUCAUUUAGUUUUUGUCUGCAUUCACCCAAAGCCAGCCAGGCGUCCUGUGUACCUUCACAUGUCAUCUUUGUAUGUAACGCAUGGCCGUGUUGUAAAUCACCGGCCAAAACCUUUUCUAAAAUAUAGCGCAGAGAUUGGCAAGAUGUCGAAUCUGAGCAAAAUAUGUCUGCAUAUAAAUUCAAAAAUAGGAACUGGCUGAAUUCUCUUUUAUUUACACGAUAGAUACUUAAAAGCGGCCACAGAAACAGAACAUUUUAGUUUUGUUUUUCUUUUCACUUUUUUAAAACAUAUUGAAGUCUUGAUUUAAAGAGAUCUGAGAAAGAUGUCUAACAGAGACUGAAGGGACAAGGCUGGACGAACCGAAACACCCAGCCAAUGGGACGCCAGAUGUUGUCGCCCAUUAGCAAUGAUGCUAGCAAACAGUCUUAGGACUGCAAACAGCAUUUUUCUUUGUUUGAAAAAAAACACAAUAGAGGAUCAUUUGUUUCUGUACUGUGCCUUUAAGAAUUUGAACUUUGUCUCUUAUUUCCGUUGUUUUAAUUGCCAUAAUACGUACAUACGUGGCUACAAGUAUUGGCCAACUGUGACAGAAAAACUGUAUUUAAUGUCAUGUAUGGGUUUAAACGUGUUUUCUUUAUUUAUAUUUGGAAGGAAACAAACUAGGCUUGAACUAAAUCAAACCUUGGCAAAAAAAAAAUAAAAACUAAUCAAAAACUGCGAUUGAGAAAACUCAAAGCAAGUCCUUAUCUGUUUAUUGGAGUUCAAAUUCGUCAGAAGGUCUCUGAUGAGCUGAUUCCCAAAAGCAUAAUACCACUGCAACCAUAUUUAUAGAUUAUUUUGAUAUACCCUCACCCUGCGUGACUUUAAAUAGGGUUAAAAAAAAAAAAAAGACAUUACGUUUGUCUUAUUCAAAAGAGAAGCUUUACUAGCCAGUGAGCAGAGAUGACAACAGUGGUUUUAUGCUUUUGGCAAACCAAGUCCUACUAAUUGACCUAUAUGUCACAUAUAUCUACAGCUCUAGUUUGAGUGAGUUUGAGUUUCUCAAAGGCAUCUUGUCACUAAUUGUUGGGUCACGUUACGUCAGUUACAGAGCCACUGAGAGAGAGUUUGGCCUUGGCGGGCAGCAGCGGUCAUUUUAUGUUAAUUCUCUUACCAUUCAGACAUGUAGUUGGCAUGUGGCAGAAGUCUUUGGUAUCUCCCAGUGAGCAUUGCAUAAAUGUUUCCAAGCAUAGCAAUAAUUUCGAGGUCAGUGCUCCCGGAUAAUAUUAGCCAAAAUAAGAUCUUUUCACAGUACGACAAUUAUCUAUGCUAUGAACUAGGAAAGGAUAUUGUGACCAUAUCCAACAGCGAUGUGAGCAAUGCUACAACAUUUUUACAGUGUAGACCUUAAAACCACUACAUGGCUGCUGCUGAAAACAACAGUUAACCAAAUGUUAUCGGUGGCUGUUCAGCUGACUCUUAGUGCCACCAUGCUUUGGGAAACAGGCUUCGCUUCCACCACAAACAUUGAAACCCUUGUUUGCCAAAAGCUUCUUUCAGGGGGAUACACAACUUAAAGGCUUAAGAGUUCAAAAAUUUCUCGCUCACUCUAUCCUGGAGAGUUGCAUGAAGAGUCUUCUCUAAAAUAAAUCAUUCCAGUUUAUUCGUUAGGUUAAGAUCUGUUGGGGUCGGGGACAAAAGUAAAAACUUGGAUAAUCUAGCCUAACCCAUUUCACAGCAGGGACAGCACAAUUCCAGCCGUGUCCAUAGGACUGGCAUUGCUUACUUGGAUCAUGUGUUGGAGGUUUGAGAUUUUCCCCAAACUGUGACGCCAUCUUCUUUAUUCAGAUUUGAGCACUUCUCUCUUACACACCAAAUAUAACUAUGUAGCUUGUGCUUAAGAUUUGCAUACACUCCCGUUUUUACUAUUCAUUGAACACAUACAAGCCUAUUAUGUUCUAUUGCUCUAUGCUACUUCUGUCUGUAUGUCAGGCUGGUGUGUGCUGCACUUUGGCUAGCACUUUAGCUCUGCUACGAAUGUUAAAAAGACACCUAGCACAUAGCACAGUAAGAUACAGGGCCGAUAAAGUGUGCUAGUGGAAAAGUGGCACAACAGAACUGAAAAUCUUUGGCUACAACAUGUAAGAAGAUCACAUGAUUUUUUUAUUUUUUUUGUGAUGUAAUCAAUGCCUGAUCCCUGGUUAGCCCUGCUGUGAAACCAGACAUCCAUGUUUCAUCCCUGAUUGAACUUCUAAAAGGAACUCCACUGUACAUUUGGAUGGUUCAGUGGUAAAAGUCCAAUCCCCCCACUGUGUUAAUUAGCAGCAGAAUAAGAUGAAAAAUCCUCUGUUGCUACCUGGUGGGAACAUUGUUAAUUUACAUCAGGGUCUUAAUAGUUUUUGUUUACAUGAACAUCUUUAGUGAAGUUAAAUAUAGAUUAAAUGUAAAUAGUGCAACUCUUCUUCACACAAAAGAGAAGAAUCUCCACUGAAAAAGAAUGUGAACUACAAGUGAAAAAACACUUGUGUAGAAAAUCACGUUUGAUCACUCGACGUCGGACCAGGCAGUGUCUGGUAAGCCUAGCUUAGUGGGCAAUUUGAACAUGGUCGGCAGAUUUAUUCUUUAGCGAUAUCAUUUACAGAAAAAUACCUGUUUACACAUGCCAAAACCUAUAACGGGAAUUGAUUUACAAAUGAAUGCUCACGAGGCAGAUUCCCUCAAAUUGCCCACUGGCUUUGACAAAUGACAAGGCGGGACCAAGGCAAUAAAACAUAUGCAAGUGUUGUUGUUUUUUGGUCAAGGAGUUAAAAAUGCCCAGCAAAUAGAUACAAUUCUACAGCAGGCUUUAGUUAUGUUAGAACCCGUCAUCUAUGAUUUUUAGACCACUUUUUUUAAUCAGAGGUCGUGUUUGUGUCGGAUCAAUUUCCCUCGAGUACAGUUAGUAGGGGAGUUUCGGGAAACUAGUUGGCUUUGACAUCAUUUUGAAGAGUUUCAGGCUGAGUAAUGCUGGAGGACUCAGGAUUCAAGCAGACAGUGCUAUACUAUAUCUCACUAAACCCAUUUUACCUUCUAGUGGUUAAAAUGAGGGGCCGGUUUAAAGAGGGGCUACGUACAAGGACAGUUGAUAUAGGAUGCAAUGUUGGAAACAAAAAUGAAACUCCACCAUGUCCAACUGCUCCCCAUGACCACUUCAAAACAAACCAAAAACAGAAAAUGAGUAAGUUUGCAUUAUCUUUCAGCUGUGUCAGAUUAACUGUCUUUGUAGCACAGAGCGUUGUCUUGUCGCCAUUGUUCAACUUGCAGUCAAAUUCAGGCUAAACUACAAUAAACACCAGUUAAAACAGCGAUUUUAAUUGUUGACCAGAACUGUGUUUGAGGUGUCCCAAUAGAUGAUUUUAGCACCAUUUUCUGAGGCCAUGAUAUUAAAAUACCACAUUUUAAUUUCUCCGGCAGCAAUGGUGGAUAGCCUCCAUCUUAGAGAGAGCUGUUGCUUCUCAGUAUGAAGGAAUAACCAGCAGGAAGAUAAAAUUCAGUAACAGGACAAUAAGUUAAGUUGAAGAUAACAUUGCAAAUGACAAUCAAUUAUGAAGGAUUUGCUUAGGUCAAAACACACUUUACACAGCAACACAACUCUUGUUAAUAGUCUUGGGGACACCUUUACAUGUAGAAGUUUUCUAAAACAGCUGUCUUGUUGGCAGUUGUUUCAUAACUGUACAAUUUUAAACAAUGAGGAGACAGAUCUGCACAGGUAGACGACUGAAGCUUGUUACCUUCCAGUUGAACAUACACUUUUGGAUUUUGUUACAGUCCACCUUUUUAAAUAUUGACUGAAUAGCACAGUUUUAAUGUCUGACUGAAUUGUCAACUGACAGUCCUAUUCCCUGUGAGAGGAUAUGGCUGUUGCCAACCAGAAACUUGUGCAGUCUCUUGUGUUUUAGUAAUAAUGCGAAGUAUGCUUAAAUGCUGUUCUUGCUGCCUAAAUUCAAAGGCAUACCUUUUUCAGAAGGACAUACAGUGAGAGGCAAAGCCACUAGAAUGAAUCUGGUUCAGUGUGUAGACAUUGCUGUGCCUUCUAACAGCCACUAGGGGGCAGAUAGAAUAACUAUGAAUAAAGGAAGGAACACCUGCGCAUUUCACAUGCUGUGAUAAAAA